GAAGGCAGCCCAGGCCCCGGGCGGAGGAGGAGGAGGAGGCGGAGGCGGCGUCGGCGGCCGGGAGAAGGGCCGGCAUGGAGCCUGCCGCUGCUGCCCCUGUCGGGCCGGAUCGCCUCUUCGACUCGCACCGGCUGCCGAGCGACGGGCUGCUGCUGCUGUCGCUGCUGCUCUACGCGCCGGUGGGCCUUUGCCUGCUGCUGCUGCGCCUCUUCCUGGGCCUCCACGUCUUCCUGGUCAGCUGCGCCCUCCCGGACAGCGCCCCCCGCAGGUUCAUCGUGCGUGUGAUGUGCUCGGUGCUGGGCCUGGUGGUGCGGCAGAGCCACCCCCGAGAGCGGCAGCAGCAGCAGCAGCGCAGCCUCCGCGCCCACGUCUACAUCGCCAACCACAUCACCCACUUCGACCACAACGUCCUCAACCUGCUGACCUCCUGCAACGCGCCUGUGUUGAACGGCACCUCUGGCUUCAUCUGCUGGUCGCGGGGCUUCCUGGAGGUCGGCGGCACAGAGAGCCGAGCGGAACUGCUGGAGUCACUGAAGGCCUACUCCUCCCAGGGGGGCCACCCGCCUCUGCUGCUCUUCCCCGAGGAGACCACCACCAACGGCCGGGCCGGCCUGCUGCGCUUCAGCUCGUGGCCCUUCUCCAUCUUGGAUGCUGUCCAGCCAGUGGCACUGCAGGUCCAGAGGCCUUUCGUGGCUGUGAGCGUGGCUGACGCCUCCUGGAUUACCGAGCUGCUCUGGACUUUCUUUGUCCCGUUUACCAUUUAUCAAGUAAGAUGGCUCCCCUCAAUCUGCAGACCAGCUGAGGAGACCCGUGAGGAGUUUGCACUGCGGGUUCAGGAGCUGCUGGCCCAAGAGCUGGGAGUGCUGCCCACUCGGCUCACGGCUGCGGACAAAGCAGAGCACCUGAAGCGGCUGCGGCACAGCCCCCCCGCCUCUUACGCCCCCCCUGUUCCGAGCCCGCCCUCGGGAGCCCGCUCUCGAGGACCCCCCAGCACGGCCUCCGCAGAGGAUGUGCGCCUGAUGGGCCUGGCCCAGCGCGUCAAAGAAGUCCUGCCCCACGUGCCCCUGGCAGUCAUCCGCAAGGACCUCGCCCAGACUCAGUGCGUGGACACCACCAUCGCUAAUCUCCUAGAGGGGCGGGUUCCCCACGAGGAGGAGACAGAGGCCUCCUUGCCUGCUCCCUCGGCCUCCGGCACUCACCGCCCUCCAGCCUCUCCCCCAGCUGCCACGGUGCCCGUGAAGCUCUUCGCCAGAUCCCCCGAGGCAAGGCACCUCUCCCUGCAGGAGCGGAAGCGGAUCCUCUACGACUAUGCCCGGAGGAGAUACAGGGAGAAAUAUGGAUCGGCACAGCAGGAGGGGAGCCGCUGACCAGUUCCGACUUUUCCUGGACUCGUGGGUUGAUCCGUGUGGGGUGUGGCUGCUGUGCGCUGGAGCUGUGCCUUUGAGCUCUAAGUGUGUCCGGUCCAAGAAGCGUCUCCGCAGAGGCAGAAGAAGACUGAUGCCCGAGGCCGGCCCACCCGGCUGCGCUCCCUUCCAUCGGCAGGCCUGGACCUAGCCUAGCCCUGCAGCACUGCUAGGGCCAGGAGCCGGCGUCCGCAUUUGGAGUGGGGGGUGGGGGAAGCUUUCACUAUCAAAAUAAAUAUUACUCAAAUUCUCA